UAAAAACCUGACAGGCACCGCGAAGACAAUCUCUCCUGCCCCCUCUGUGGAAUUAUCUUCAACCAGCCCGUUGUGCUCUCCUGCAGACACAGGUUCUGUAAAACAUGCCUUCAAGACAGCUGGAGUACCCAGGACAGUGAGGACGACUGCCACUUCUGCCGUCUAUGCUGGAGACGUUCCUCCAUGAAUGAGAUUGUGGUAAACACCAUUCUGGAGAAGACCUGCGAGUCCUUCAGGAAGGAGAUGAGCAGCAGGAAUAACCCUAGGGGGUGUAAGGAACACGGAGAGACACUCUCACUCUUCUGUCUGGACGAUCUGCAGCCCAUCUGUGUUGCUUGCCAGAUGUCGGAGGUACACAAGGGGCACAGGCUCUACCCCAUUGGGGAAGGUGCACACGACUGUAAGGAGGAACUCAAAACUGCAUUGACCCCAUUGAAGGAGAAGCUGCAGCUGUUCAAGAAGGCUAUGGUCGUCUGUGAUCAAACGGCAGAGCACAUCAAGAACCAGGUUGAGCAUACUGAAAGGCAGAUAAAGGAUGAGUUUGAAACCCUUCGCCAGUUCCUGAGAGAUGAGGAGGCAGCCAGAUUGAAUGCUCUGAAGGCAGAGGAGGAUCAGAAGAGUCUGCUUCUAAAGGAGAAGAUUGAGGAGAUGUCCAACGAACUGACGUCCCUCUCAAACACCAUCAGAACCGUAGAGCAAGAGAUGAGGUCUCAGGACAUCCCAUUCUUACAGAACUACAAGGAUAUCAUCAAGAGAACCUGGCAUAUGCCGCUGGAUCCAAAGAUGAUUCCUGGAACUCUGAUUGAUGUGGCAAAGCACCUGGGUUCUGUAAAGUUCAACAUCUGGGACAAGAUGAAGAGCAUCAUUCAAUAUACUCCUGUGACUCUGGACCCCAACACAGCCGCUAGCUGCUUCAUCCUGUCUGAGGAUCUGACUGUGGUCCAGUGCUGCUCGCAGGUCUUCAAGCUCCCAAACAACCCCGAGAGGUUUGACAUCAGUGCUGAGUUACUGGGCUCCGAGGGGUUCUGCUCUGGCCGCCACAGCUGGGAGGUAGAGGUAAAGGCUAACACAUACUGGGUGGUAGGCGUGGCCAGCGAGUCCAUCAACAGGAAGGGCAAGCACGUGCUGACGCCAGCCGAGGGCUUCUGGACUAUACGCUUCCGCAACGGCGAGCACAAGGCGUGCACGGCACCGUGGGCGCCCUUGACCAUGAUGAGGAAGGAGCCUCAGGUCAUCAGGGUAGUGUUGGACAUGGACAGGGGCAAGGUGACCUUCUUUGACCCCCGGGAGAGGACGCCCCUCUAUACGUUUACAGACCUCAUCUCACCCCGGGUGUUUCCUUACUUCUGCACUGCCUGUAAGGAACACCCACUGAGACUGCUGCCCGUCAGGCUGUCUGCUGCUGUGGUGCUCUAGAGGGCUCCAUGGGGGUUCAUUACUAACAAGCAGUGGAGGCUCAAUUACUUACAGACAGAUCCAGUUGAGUUUACUAGUCCUAGAUGAUGAAGGCUGAUCACUUGGGACCGUCUGGAAUAAAGCAUGUAAUGGUCUUA